ACCUUUGCACGGCGUUCGCCAAGGAGACAGUGGGGUGCUUGGAGGGGCGGCUGUGGGACAUGAAGCGGAUGGAGGGGUCAAAGCUCUACAAGGUGGACCAGUGGCCCAAGAAGACAGAGGUGCGGGAGCGCCGGUGCCGCAAGUGGGCUGAACAGAAUAUGGCGCUGUUUGAUAACAAGCUGCCAGGAGUCGAACUGCGAGCGAUGGAGUUGGAGCUGAAGACCUUUUGCCACAUCAUGAAGACUCAUCGCAAGGACGACGACUUCGCCCAGGGUUUGGCCAAUAUGAUGAAGACGAAGGACUGGUCCAAGUCGUACCCGAACCUGAUGCGGAUGUGGCAGGCGCUGGCGGUGUUGCCCUUGAGCACCGUCGAGUGCGAGCGCGGAUUCUCACGGCAGAAUGUCAUCAAAGGAUGGCAUCGCACAAGCCUGUGCGAUGCCACCCUUGGUGAGUUGAUGACCAUUAGCAUGCUGGACUACGACAUGGACUACCCCCAGAUCGUGGAGAAGUGGAGGCGCAUUAGGCACCGUAGGCAAGCUAGGAAUGUUGAAUUUGAGCAGGAAAUUCCCCUCUUCCCACAGCAGAAGGAUGUUGUAGAGAGCUCAGACGAUGAGAGUGUCGGAGGUGGGAGUGAGGAUGACAACGUGGAUGAUGAUUAUUAGUUAUGUAAUAUUGUGCUAUGCUUUAUUACUAAA